UGUAAAACGCUUCCGUUUCCGACGAGACGGAAGUGUGUCUUCCUGUUUGGCAGAAGGAGGAAGCAGAAUGUGUGAAAUCUCACAUUGUGCUUGUUGUUAUGGGCGACGUGCAGUAAUAUUUGUGUAGUGGUGUGUCCAUGCCUGUCAGAGCCAGCAUCUUCCUCUUCUGUUUAGUUCGGAUAACUAUGGCCCAGCUCUUGGCACAAGAAGAAAAAGAAAAAACUACUGCACUAAAAGAUUUAUUGUCCAGGAUCGAUUUAGAUGAGCUGAUGAAAAAAGACGAGCCUCCGCUGAACUUUCCUGAAACUCUGGAUGGGUUUGAAUACGCCUUCAAUGAACAUGGUCAGUUGAGACACAUGCACACAGGAGAGCCGUUUGUCUUCAACUAUAAAGAGGACCUGCAUAGAUGGAACCAGAAAAGAUAUGAAGCAUUGGGAGAGAUCAUUACAAAGUAUGUUUAUGAACUCCUGGAAAACAACUGCAACCUGAAGAAGGAGAUCAUCCCUGUCGAUUCGACUAUGGAUGAACCGAAAAGCUUUAUUUACAUGAGCGAGGAUGCCCUCACUAACCCAGAGAAGAUCAUGGUUCUUAUCCAGGGCAGUGGAGUGGUAAGGGCAGGCCAGUGGGCUCGACGCCUCAUCAUUAACGAAGACCUCAACAGUGGGACGCAGAUACCCUUCAUUAACCGGGCCAAAGAGGAGGGCUACGGGGUGAUUGUGCUGAACCCCAACGAAAACUCUCUGGAGGUGGAGAAGGUUCCGGAUUCAGCCAAGAAACCGUCCCCGUAUGCCUCUGAUGAGCCGGCUGAAAAGAGAGAGAGGAAGGAAGAGCGGGAGAGCAAGAAAAAAAAGGACUUUUAUGAGAAGUAUCGCAACCCACAGAAGGAAAGAGAGAUGGAGCACAUCCCGAUACGAGAAAACAGCACUCCAGAGGAACACACACUCUAUGUGUGGGACCACUUCAUCUCGAAAUCACUUGCGAAAAACGUCUUCAUCGUGGCACACAGCUAUGGCGGCUUGUCAUUUGUGAAUUUGAUGAUUCAGCGAGAAGCGGAAGUGAAGAAUCGUAUCCGUGCGGUGGCCAUGACUGACUCUGUCCAUAACGUCUGGCACCAGGAAGCCAACAAGUCCAUUCGGGACUGGCUCAGAGAGCACUGCUGUAACUGGGUGUCGAGUCCUGAGCCCCUGGAUACUCUGGUGGACCCCAUGCUUAAUGACUGCCCUCGUGUUUCAGCAGGUACUGAGAAGCAUGAGUUAACUUCAUGGAAGAGCUUCCACUCCAUUUUCAAGUUCUUCAGCGAUGCCCUUAAGGACCACGAGGACGAGUCCUCCUCCAGUCCGGUCACCACACGCAGCUCCCACCGUAUAAAAAAUGAAGACUUAUAAAGGGAUCGCAGAUCCCAAACUAGAGCCCGCGUUCGUUCCCUCUUAGCUCUUUUUCUCCUCUGUUCUUUAUACGAAAAAUAUUUCGCCUUGAAGCCCUCCUCCCAGUGAAAUGCAUGAUUCUGAGGAGUGCAGGGUCAGCCUGUAUACAUCAGAAUAGCGUUUUGCAUUACUUCUGGAUGAGUGCAACUGUCAAAGCAAUAUGGCUUCACUGCUUGUGCCUCCUGUGGGUCGCUGUGUGGAUUUGGUGGUAGCCCAUCGGUGGCCAGAUUAAGGCUGACAGGCGGCGCCACACACCGCCUCUUGAUGCACCUCUAAUUAUCAUGACAUUGUCCUGAACUGAGCUAAUGCCUGGGAAGCACCUGCAUACACACACACAAGUCUGGCAGGUCCUAGUGCUCCUGUCAUUUCUUUUAACUGGGGUCUCACUUGCAUUUAAAGUACUUGAGCACUUGGGAACUUUUUAUGUCAGAUGCUAAAGGCUUAUGGGUUGUUUUCUUUCAUAUGUAUAACACUUUAACCUGAAAAAAAGCAUCUUGCAGACGCAAACAUCUAUUCAAUGGCUAUCUCAAGACUAGAUUUAGAAUGAACAUAAUGAAGUAAGCCAUUGACAGCAUGAAAUAUUGAAAGAGUCGUCCCCUGUUUUUAAAUCCCUGAAAACCUUGUGCGAAUAUGAGUUUUAGGAAUGUCUCCCUUUGACGGAGCAGAUAUGUCAGUCUUGGUAUACCUUUUUACAUGUCAGGAUCAGGGUAAUUUAAUGUUAUCCAAAGUAUGAAAGCCAUUCAUUCAGAUGUUUCCCAAUGUAACCUGCCCUUUUCGCAAAGUCCAUGACUAUUCAGACUGUUUUAACACCUCAUUGUUGUCCUCUGCUAAAGCUUAAGUAUGUGUUAUGUUACUGUCUUAGCAAAGACAAGAGACAUUGUCUCCUGGACAGUGUGGUCUUAGCAGAGGCUUAAGGAUAUGUCACUCAGGCAUGUCAGCAGAUCACUCUGUUUUAGCUUGAAAAUUCAUCUCUCGGUAAAAGGCUGCUUUGGUCUCAUCACUCACUGGUAUUCAAGGUACUCAAUGUAAAUAGUUCUAGUGCUUUAUACAUAUUUCAUAUAUUAUUUUUUAUCCAAAAUAAAGAUGUGACUACAGCUUCAGAAAUGCAGGACCCCAGAGGCUUUCGUGUUUGAAACGGUUUUUUACUAUGAAUUAAACUUUUAAUAUAUCUGCAACUAUUCAUUAGAUGCCACUGAUCAAUUGCAAGUUGCUUAUACUGUCUUAGUUAAAACACGUCCACUCAGAUCCCAAUAUUGUUGCCUUAGGAAUAAAUACAAAAAGUUCAUCUUUAUUUUUAUUUUAUUUUCCAAAACUGACAAGCCAUAUGUGAAUUUCACUUGCAUUAAGUACAGCCUUAAACCAAAUCGAAAACUUUAUUAGUUUGUAAAUUACGACUCAUUUUAACAAUUAAUAUUUUAAUCAAAGAGAUUCUAUGUUUUAUUGAAACAUCCUAGUCUGAAAUGAUAGAAGUGUAAGAUGUUUUCUGGGUUUUCUCUCUUUUGUAUUCACUUUCAAUGAGGAUUCAUUAAAUGAAAACAUAAUCAGAUAUUUUAACUUUAAAUUUCCUUUUCAUAAAUUGUUCAAAUAUUUUAGUCUUUGGUCUUCGAAUUAAUGGCAGUUUUGUGCCCUAAUUAAUCAUUCAAUUUGUUUUCAUAUCAUGUGAGUGUAAUAAUGAUCUCUAAGCUGUAAUUAAAUAAAGUUCUUUAUAAAAACAA